AUGAAUAGGUACACAACGAUCAGGCAGCUCGGGGAUGGAACCUACGGUUCCGUCCUGCUCGGAAGAAGCAUUGAGUCUGGGGAGCUGAUUGCCAUUAAAAAAAUGAAAAGGAAGUUUUAUUCCUGGGAGGAAUGCAUGAACCUUCGUGAGGUUAAGUCUUUAAAGAAGCUCAACCAUGCCAAUAUAGUGAAAUUAAAAGAAGUUAUCCGGGAGAAUGAUCAUCUUUAUUUUAUCUUUGAGUACAUGCAGGAAAAUCUCUACCAGCUCAUUAAAGAAAGAAAUAAGUUGUUUCCUGAGUCUGCUAUAAGGAACAUCAUGUUUCAGAUACUGCAAGGACUUGCAUUUAUUCACAAACACGGCUUCUUCCAUCGGGACUUAAAGCCUGAGAAUCUGCUCUGCAUGGGACCAGAUCUGGUGAAAAUCGCAGACUUUGGAUUGGCCCGGGAAAUCCGAUCCAGACCUCCCUACACAGAUUACGUAUCUACCAGAUGGUACAGGGCCCCCGAAGUGCUCCUGAGGUCCACCAACUACAGCUCCCCCAUUGACAUCUGGGCCGUGGGCUGCAUCAUGGCCGAGGUGUACACCCUCAGGCCACUCUUCCCUGGGGCCAGUGAGAUCGACACAAUCUUCAAAAUUUGCCAAGUCCUGGGGACCCCAAAAAAGACCGACUGGCCGGAAGGCUACCAACUUUCAAGUGCUAUGAACUUCCACUGGCCCCAGUGUGUCCCCAAUAACUUGAAGACCCUGAUUCCCAAUGCUAGCAGCGAAGCAAUUCAGCUCCUGAGAGACCUGCUUCAGUGGGAUCCCAAGAAACGGCCAACAGCUAGUCAGGCGCUCCGAUAUCCUUACUUCCACAUUAGGCAUCCCCUGGGCAGCACCAUACAGAGCCUUCAGGAUUCCGGAAAACCACAGAAGGACAUCCUGGAAAAGGCAGGCCUACCGCCUCACAUGAAGCCAGUCCCUCCUGCUCAGCCCCCGACCAAGCCACACACAAAGAUUUCUUCGAGACAGCAUCAAGCCAGCCAGCCCCCUCAGCAUCUCAUGUACCCCUACAAAGCAGAGGCGCCCAGGACAGAUCACCCGAGCCACUUGCCGGAGGACAAGCCAAACCCCUUACUCUUCCCAUCCCUCCACGUCAAGAAUCCUCCAGCGAAAAUCCUCGCUGGGCUGGAGCACAAGAACGGUGAGAUCAAGCCAAAGAGUAGGAGAAGGUGGGGUCUUGUUUCCGGGUCGACAAAGGAUUCCGAUGACUGGGCUGACUUGGAUGACUUGGAGUUCAGUCCAUCCCUCACCAGGAUUGACCUGAAAAACAAGAAGAGACAGAGUGACGAGACUCUCUGCAGAUUUGAGAGUGUUUUGGACCUGAAGCCCUCUGAGCCCAUGGGGACAGGAAACAGUGCCCCCACUCAGACUUCGUAUCAGAGGCGAGACACGCCGACCCUGAGAUCCUCGGCCAAGCAGCACUACUUGAAGCACUCCCGAUACCUGCCGGGCAUAAAUAUAAGGAAUGGCAUCCUCCCGACUCCGGGCAAGGACUACAUUCCAUCAAACCCGUGGUCUAGUUCCGGUUUGUCAGGGAAGUCUUCAGGGACAGUGUCGGUAAUCAGCAAGAUAAAUUCAGUUGGUUCCGGCUCUACAAGUUCUAGUGGACUGACUGGAAACUAUAUCCCUUCCUUUCUGAAAAAAGAAGUUGGUUCUGCUGUGCAGAGGGUACACUUGGCACCUAUUCCAGACCCUUCCCCCGGUUAUUCUUCCUUGAAGGCUGUGAGACCUCACCCUGGACGGCCUUUCUUCCACACCCAGCCGAGGAGCACUCCCGGGCUGAUCCCACGGCCUCCGGCUGCCCAGCCCGUGCACGGCCGGACCGACUGGGCUUCCAAGUAUGCCUCUCGGCGAUGA